UACUUAGUACGGGAGCUAAACUAGUUUCCUGGUAAUAAGACCAUACCAUAACAAAUUCAUUCCCUUUUACAAACAACAACAUAGAAAACCAAAACCCCCAAAAUUCAACCCAAAUUAAUCCCUAGAAAUCAAUCGAAAAAAACCCCCAAAAAAUCAAAAAUGGCAAGUAAUCAGAAAAACCCAUUUUCUGAUCAACAAAAUCAAUCAUACCCAGAAAUGCCACCAAUUCGUGUAAAACCACCAGCAUCAACAACAGCAUCUUCGCCAAGAGUGACUGUUUCAACCCCAACAGCCACCGCAACUGGCGCCGCUGCCGAGACUCCGACGGCUGGUGCGGCGAGGAAGAUUGCGAUUGCUGUGGAUCUGAGCGACGAAAGUGCUUUCGCUGUUAAAUGGGCUGUUGACCAUUACCUUCGUCCUGGUGAUGCUGUUGUUCUUCUUCAUGUUCGUCCUACUUCUGUACUUUAUGGUGCUGAUUGGGGUUGCGUCGAUUUUUCUGCUUCUGAUAAUGCUGAGGGUAACGAUAAUGAAGAGUCGCAUCAGAAGCUUGAAAAUGAUUUCGACGCUUUUACUAGUUCUAAGGCUGCUGAUCUUGCCCAACCCCUUAUUCAAGCUCAGGUGCCAUACAAAAUUCACAUUGUGAAAGACCAUGACAUGAAGGAAAGACUAUGUUUGGAGGUAGAGAGGUUGGGUUUCAAUGCUGUAAUCAUGGGAAGUCGUGGCUUUGGUGCAUCUAAGAGAGGAAGCAAUGGUAGGCUUGGGAGUGUCAGUGAUUAUUGUGUGCGCCACUGUGUCUGUCCUGUAGUGGUUGUGCGUUAUCCUGAUGAAAAGGAGGGAAAUGAUGGAGAUGAUGAAAUGGUUGCUGUGGCUGAGGCAGAUGAAGUAAGGGCAGUCGAAGAGGAUGAAGAGUACCAUGAUGCAUCAGAUGAACGCAAGGGAAGAUCUUGAAGGAAUCAAGGUUCUAAAGUAUUGCCAAGAUGGCAUCUAGUCUGGACAAGGAGAAUCUGCUAACGAAUAUGAAUCACUUCUCUGUGCAGAUUAAUUCAACUAUUAGUAUGGCAUUGUGAUUUAAUCUACUUCUUUCCUUCUUAUAUUCUUGCAACAAUAGCAAGUGGAUGAACUAGCCCAAGUUUGAAGAAAAAGCAAAAGGGAGAAAUUUCGACUAAUUGACCCUAUGUGAUUAUAUAUAGAAGAGAGAGAUAUAUAGGUAAAUAAGUGGCUUGGGCAAGUGUAAACUUGUAGCUUAUAAUGUGAACUCAUUCUAAAAUAGAAUUGUUGCAGCAAUUGUGAAACUUCCCAAAAUUGCUUUGUUGCAAUUAAUUAAGAACGAAGGAAGUAUGUCAUAUGCUUGGGUAUUUGAUAAGUUGCGAUUACCCUUAUUUUAUAUUUUACGUAUGUGUCUAUAAAGUCUUAAAUAGGUGGUUGGGCCCAAUCAUCUUUUGUAGUUGU